GUAAAGCGGGGCGGGGCUACGGCUGCGUUUUUUUUCUCUCCUUCGCUUCGGUCAUCACUGAGCAUCGGAACGUGUGGUCGAGCGGCUAGUAAAGAUAUUUUAUUCUGUAAUAAAAAUAAAAAUAAUAGUUAUCCAAUAUAUUUAGCUUUAUUUAAGCCGAAGAUGUUGAACCUCGUGGCCAAGCAGCUCAGAAGCCACCCGGCGCUGAUCCCUCUGUUUGUGUUCAUUGGUGGUGGAGCGACCAUGUCUAUGAUGUAUCUUGGUCGCCUGGCUCUGAAGAACCCAGAAUGCUCAUGGGAUCGCACCAAUAACCCAGAGCCCUGGAACAAGGUGGGCCCCAAUGACCAGUACAAGCUCUUCUCAGUCAACAUGGAUUACUCCAAACUGAAGAAGGACAGGCCAGAUUUCUAAAUCAUUCCAGAAAUGGAUUAAUUGUGAACUCUACACUUCAGAAGCAAAUCCGCACAAAGAACAGAGCAUACCGUGGCACCUGUACCACCCUAAAGUCAUCAUUUCAGAGAGAGAAUGGAGAACACAUUCUUGUUGCCUUCAUUUACGUUUGUGUGCGCAAACACACAUUUAUGUACUGUAUCUCAAACCUAAACAGUAUUUAUUGCCAUUUGAGACCAGGGAUUAAAAACGGUACAACAGGAGCCAAACAUGCAGGUUGUCUUCAGAAACAUCAGGAGAAGCAGUUUACCAGUUCUAGUCCCUGGUCACAAUUGCAUACCUCAUAUUAACAUAUUUAUAUCAGUUUUGUUUGUGAUUGUCUGCACUCAUUACACCAUGCAAGAACGGUCUACUUUGCUUUGUGCCAAACUUUAACUUUAACUAAUUUAUCUUAUAAAUAAAUAUAAAAUAUGUAUUGACUUGAA